CAACCUUAGAUGUUUACGGUCGCUUUUUCCAACAUUCACUUCUUCUUUUUCAUCAACGUUCUGGAGUGAGAUCAUCACUGGGGGUUAAGGUGGUCAGAUGAGUGACGGUAAAGAGAAAAGCAGCCUCCAGUUAAGUGGUGUGAAUAGAGGGGGGUGGGGGGGGCUGUCGCUCCAAAUGCCUUGACAAAUGUCUGACCGGGGCAGAAACACGAGAGGGUUCCUCUGUAGGCAGAGUGGGGCGACGAGGGUGGGAGUCGAGACAACAAACGCGUCAAAAGAGGCUUGACCUGCUUCGCCUCACGCACUACCUGGAUGUUUUUGUUGUGUUUGAUUAGACUUUGCAGCACUUUGUUUGGGUUUUGUAAAAAACCGACAUGUGGAGGGUAACAACAUACCUAGCAAACUUCAGCUAAUGCUUUAAAGCUGGGGUUUGGUCGUGAGGCCCGGCCUGACCCAGUGGUUUUUUGGUCAGCCGCAGCGAGGUUUCUGAUUGGCUGGAUGGGAGGUAUAGGAAUUCAGCCUUCUGAGGUCUGAAACCCCGCCUCCUCCUCCUCCUCCUCUGGAGCUCCAGUCGCCGAUGCACGACGGCAUUCCCGGUACAUGAGGGGGGCAGGAGAGCAGGGAGAUGUUUGAAGACAGAGAUGGGAAGUGAGGGGAAAGCAAGACAAAGAGCGCUCUCUCCUGCCCUCUAUUUGUGCGAGUGAGGGCUUUUUUUUUUUCACCCUGUGUGAUUCUGAGAAGGGGGAGGAUCUGCGUCCUGUUAAGAGUCAAUACCCCUGCAGGAGUCCAUAAGGAGCAUGCACACACCUCACAAACACUAGCACACUGCAGCUCCCGCCGCCCAAAGGAGAACAGAAGAACACACACACAAAAAAAGAAAAAGCGGCGAGGAAGCAGGAGUGUGAGAGGGGAGGAGAAUACUUUUGGAGUAACCACUUGUUGCUUCUUCUCUGAGGACCGGAGAUGAUUUUGCUUCGACUCCGGAGGGACCUCAUCUGAGAGUCUCCUCCAGAGAGGACAGGACGUCGGCGCAGCAUGCCCGGCUCCGCCGACAAAUCCUCUGCCACCAUGGAGCCGUCCUCCACCGCCGCCACGCCUUUCAGAGUCACAGUGAGUACUGGUUUCCUGAGUCGACGGCUGAAAGGCUCCAUAAAACGCACCAAGAGUCAACCCAAACUGGACCGCAACGCCAGCUUCCGACACAUCCUUCCUAACUUCAGGAGCUUCGACCAUGACCGAUCUCAACUGAUGCCGAGGCUGAAGGAGUCUCGCUCCCAUGAAUCACUGCUCAGCCCCAGCAGCGCUGUGGAAGCUCUCGACUUAAGCAUGGAGGACGAGGUCAUCAUCAAGCCCGUUCACAGCAGCAUCCUCGGGCAGGACUACUGCUUUGAGGUCACCACCUCCACAGGAAGCAAAUGCUUUUCCUGCCGUUCCGCAGCCGAGAGGGACAAAUGGAUGGAGAACCUGAGGAGGGCGGUUCAGCCAAACAAGGACAACAGUCGGAGGGUGGAGAACAUUCUGAGGCUGUGGGUCAUCGAAGCCAAGGACCUGCCGGCCAAAAAGAAAUACUUCUGCGAGCUCUGCCUGGACGAGUCUCUGUACGCCCGCACGACCUGCAAGCUCAAGACGGACAAUGUCUUCUGGGGGGAGCACUUUGAGUUCAGCAACCUGCCGGCGGUCAGGAGCAUCACCGCGCACCUGUACAAGGACACGGACAAGAAGAAAAAGAAGGACAAGAACAAUUACAUCGGACUUGUGAACAUCCCCGUCGCAGCGGUCAGCGGCCGGCAGUUCGUGGAGAAGUGGUAUCCGGUCAGCACCCCCAACCCUCCCAAGGGUAAAACCUCAGGGCCCAUGAUUCGGAUCAAGACGCGCUACCAGAGUAUGAGCAUCCUUCCCAUGGAGAUGUACAAGGAGUUCGCAGAGUACACCACCAACAACUACAUGCUGCUGUGCUCGGUGCUGGAGCCGGGGAUCAGCGUCAAGAACAAGGAGGAGAUGGCGUGUGCGCUGGUGCACAUUCUGCAGAGCACUGGCAAGGCCAAGGAUUUCCUCACAGACUUAAUGAUGUCCGAGGUGGACCGCUGCGGGGAGAACGAGCACCUCAUCUUUAGAGAGAACACGCUGGCCACCAAGGCCAUCGAGGAGUACCUCAAGCUGGUGGGGCAGAAGUACCUUCAGGACACGCUGGGUGAGUUCAUCAAGGCUCUGUACGAGUCAGAUGAGAACUGUGAGGUGGAUCCAUCCAAGUGCUCCUCCGGCGACCUGCCAGACCAUCAGAGCAACCUGAAGAUGUGCUGCGAGCUGGCCUUCUGCAAAAUCAUCAAGUCCUACUGUUUCUUUCCCCGUGAGCUGAAGGAGGUGUUUGCAUCCUGGCGGCAGGAAUGCAGCAGCCGCGGCCGGCCGGACAUCAGCGAGCGUCUGAUCAGCGCCUCCUUGUUCCUGCGCUUCCUCUGCCCGGCCAUCAUGUCGCCCUCGCUCUUCAACUUAACGCAGGAGUACCCCGACGACCGCACCGCCCGGACGCUCACGCUCAUCGCCAAAGUCACGCAGAACUUGGCCAACUUCACGAAAUUUGGCAACAAGGAGGAGUACAUGUCGUUCAUGAACCAGUUCCUGGAGCACGAGUGGAGCGACAUGCAGCGCUUCCUGCUGGAGAUCUCAAACCCAGAGACGAUCUCCAACACGGCGGGCUUCGAGGGCUACAUCGACCUGGGCAGGGAGCUCUCCACGCUGCACUCGCUCCUGUCCGAGGUCGUCUCCCAGAUGGACCAGAGCGUGGCGUCGAAGCUCGGCCCUCUGCCCAGGGUCCUGCGGGAGGUGAACAACGCUCUGUCCAACCCGUCCUGCGUCCAGAUGACGCCCGGACAGUCGUCGGAGCAGGUGAACUCGCCUCCAGCCGAGGCGGGCUGCAGCAUCUCCACAGGUCUGCAGAAGAUGGUGAUCGACAGCGACCUCUCAGGAUUGGUUGACUUCACCAGAUUACCCUCCCCCACCCCUGAAAAUAAGGACCUUUUCUUUGUGACGAAGAGCUCAGGGAUCCAGCCGUCUCCUGCCCGCAGUUCCAGUUACUCGGAGACGAAUGAGCCUGACCAGGGCAUGGCUAAUGGCAGCAAGAGUCUGUCCAUGCUGGACCUCCAGGACCCCCGCAGUCUGGAUGGCGGUUCGGGUCCGAGCCCCUCAGACGGUCUGGAAGGUUUGGCGUCUGGUAGUUGCUGGGCAGCCAAAGUUCCUCAGGGUAACACCCCCGGAGGUCCCACUUUGAGAAGACCCGGCCAGACCACCACCACACCAGGCGCAGAGGGCACGCCGGGCCGACCCGCUCAGCUUCUAGCGCCGCUGUCCUUCCAGAACCCGGUUUACCAGAUGGCGGCCUGCUUGCCUGUGUCGCCCCGCGGAAUGGCGGAUUCGGGUUCUGAGUGCCACAGCUCUGUCAGUUCUCACAGCAACAACGAAGACGGACCACCAGGAGGGAAGCAAGCCUUCUUGAACCCCGCCGGAGGGGGCGGGGGCAGCAGCGGCGACGAGUACACGAGGCGCCCCGGCGAGGCCAACCGCCGGCAGCUGUCCCUCACGGAAACGCAGCAUCAGCCCAGCAUCCCCCGACAGAACAGCGCCGGCCCCCAGCGGAGGAUAGACCAACCCCCGCCUCAGCUCCUCAACCGAGGCCGCACGCCCCCCAACCUGCUGGGCGGGGGGCCCUACCCCCGGCCCUCGUCGGGCAGCAUGAUGGCAUCGUCGCCCGACUGGCCCGCCAGCGGCGCCCGCUUACGGCAGCAGUCGUCCUCCUCUAAAGGCGACAGUCCGGAGACGAAGCAGAGAGUCCAGCACAAACAGGCCCCCUCCCCAGUGAACCCCAGUGCGCUGGACCGCACAGCAGCCUGGCUUUUGAAUAUGAAUGCACACUAUUUAGACCAUGAGGGGCUGGAGACCGAGUCACUGAGAAACAGAGAGGAUCUGACUCAGGUGGAGAAGUACCAGCAGGAGAUCGCCGUGCUGCAGGAGAAGCUGCGAGCGUCCGUGCAGAAGCUGGAGGAGUACGAGGCCCGUCUGAAGGGGCAGGACGAGCAGGCCCAGAAGGUGCUGAUGGAGUACCAGGCCCGGCUGGAGGAGUCGGAAGAGCGCCUGCGCAGGCAGCAGGACGACAAAGACCUCCAGAUGAAGAGCAUCAUCAGCAGGUUGAUGUCUGUUGAGGAGGAGCUGAAGAAGGAUCACUCAGACAUGCAGGCCGUGGUGGACUCCAAACAGAAGAUCAUCGACGCACAGGAGAAACGCAUCGCGUCCCUUGAUGCGGCCAACGCCCGUCUCAUGAGCGCCCUGGCCCAGCUGAAGGAGCGCUACAGCAUGCAGACCCGCAACGGCAUCUCCCCCACCAACCCCACCAAACUGCAGAUAACGGAAAACGGAGAGUUCAGAAACAGCAGCAACUGCUAGACGGACCGCCGGCGUCUGCCCCAACCGAGUACCUGAGUGUUGUACAGGAUGCGUCCUCGCCUGGCUUGGAGAACGGUUGUGUUUGCGUUCUUUUAGAAGACGGUGUGGAGGCGAAGGCGGCACUUUCGGGGGCGACUCCCAACGUUGCGAACAAAUCACCAGACGGCCUUUUUGUCCGGAGGGUGAUGAGACAGAGGAGGCGGGGCAGUGCUUUGUACAUAAAACACUCAAGGAGCAUCCUGGGACGGCUCGACUUCCCGCCGCCCGGGGACCAACCACUAGCUAACCACACGAGGUGACGACCGCCACUCCUCUCCCUCCCGACAGACCAGGUGACCCGGUCAAACCCAACAGUGUGGGCUCUCUUUAGUCGACUGAAGAACUUUGUGAUGCUUUAUUUUGAAGUCCAGAAAGAACCAAAUCUGAACUGACAGAGAUAUUUUCAGUAUAAACUGUAGGUGUGUUCCUGAGCAUCCCUGUUAACCCCGCCCCCUUUACCCUUUGUGUCGUGCACUUUGUGAAAAUCUAUUGGUACAUGAAAGGCCUUAAGGAAGAAACACACCUACUCCCGAUUACUGCAAAAAACGUAAAAAGGCACAACUUAUACUGUGGAUAUAUAAAGAAUACUAAGUAAAUUACAAUCUUCUAAAUAUAUCAUAAAUACUAAAGUAAAUAAAUUAUAUGGGAUAUUAUAGAAAUGAAAUUUAUUAUACAGUUUCUUCUAUGGAGUAUACAAACAUAUAUUUGAUAAAUAUGAGAGCAGCCCUUUAUUUAAAGAUGUUAGUUUCUUUUACGUUGAAGCUGUUGACAUUGUUUCGACUACCUUAACUCUUCAACGGUUGAUUCACUUAACGAAGCGGAGAAAAGCAGCGUUGUGCUAGUAUGCAACAUUUUUCAGUUAGUAGUGAUGCAUUCAGAUUAAAUAAGAUUAAUCUACAAUACAGAAAAGUGUUGCAUAUUGGUGCAAAAAUGAUAUAAUAAUUCGCGUAAACGGAUUAAGACAGAUCUAGAGUUAAAGGGUCAAAACGCUAAAGAAUGGAGAUGACGGCGAGCAGUGAUCAGCACUUCAUCCUUUAGAUAUCCGCCAUGCUCAGCCCUUUAUGUAAUGUAUGCAAAAAUAAUAAUAAUGGGAAUGUUUUCAAACGACUCUUGCUUUGUGCUUUUCACUGCUCUGACAGAUUACUGUUAUCGUCUUCUCUCGGUGCACAGCUUACUUUUCAACUCAAACUGCUUUAUUUGUCAGUAGUAAUUGUGUAUCUGCAUCCAAACUGUGAUUAUUAUCCCUCCUUUAGAUCUUCUGAAUAUGGCUCUUACCAUGUGGUUCCCCUACCCUCCUCUCUUUGCUCACCACCACCUUUUAUUUGGAUUUUUUAUAUAGAAAUACAUGAGAUGUGAGGCUUUGCAUGCUUCAUCCUUGCUCGAGAGCCAGCUGUAGCAUCGAUAUCAGUUUUUUGUUUGUUUUAGUUGCCAGUGUAACAGUGGUGAUGAACCUGCAAACCAGUAUAUAUGAUACCUGAAUGCAUCAAGAGGCGGGACGGCCCCAGAAAGUGUAAAUACUCAAUGAUCACACUAUUUUUACCUAAUAUUACCAGAGCUUUUUGUAAAUGUAUCUUGUGCGAAAACUUUGCUGUAUCAUUUAUGGAAAUUGUACAUAGAAAAAUAGCCCAGUCAGUCAUCUGUCCUCAUUGGGUGGAAUUAUACAUUUCAAUCAACUUUUUCACGUGUUCUCAGUUGAAGCUCUUGUUUUUUUGUAUUUACAGUGCGUCAUUAAUUGCUUAAAGAAAAAACAGAAAUUGAGAUAGAAAGGAGUCCAAAAUGGAUCUACAAGCACAAUCUUCUAGUUCUCUUAAGUCUAGCUCUAUGCAUUUUUACGUUGUAUUCGGGUACACCUGUACAAUCUAAAGUGACGAUUGUUUAAGCCCUGUUCUCAUUUUUCAUGCAAUAGUAGUACUACACAAUGGAAACGAUCCCAAAAACAGUUGAGAUGUCACUCUCAGUUCAGUUUGAAGUAGUUCUACCUGCUUAACUUUUUUAUUUCUUAUGGCACAUAUGUGUAUAACACCACCAAACACUAGGUGGCAGUGCAGGUUCUUUUGCAACAUCUAAAGCUGUUGAAGGAACAACAUGCUAAUGCUAGCUCUUCCAAACUAACAAUUAGAGACUUAUUUUUUAACUUAACUGAAAAAUAUUAGGAAUAUUUAAACAUUUGACUCAAAAAACUAAUUUAGUAACAUUUCUGAAUCCAUUAUUUAUUUACAAAAAGACAGUUUUAGGUUAAACUAUUCCACUAAACAGCAAAAUCUGAUUAUAAUUGCCAAAUAUGCAAACUUUUAAAAUUAUUUGAUCUAGCAGAAUUGUUGUUUUCCCUGCAAAAAUUGUGUAAUUUGGCAACAAGCACAACAUUUUUUAAAGUUAAGGAGUAAUGGUUAUGUUGCAAAUAUUUUUUAAAUUGUUACAAAUUAACCUGAGAUUUUUUUUUCUUUAACUAGCAGGCUAGUUAGACAUUAAAACAGCAACAGCUAAGCAAGAAAAAUGCUUAGUCUAUCUUAAAUAAAAAGAUUUCUCCUUAACAAGUUUAUUAUUUACUCUGUAGAGUUUGACAUCAUUCAAAGAAUGAGUUCCCUAAAAGGAUAAAGAAACUUUUAUUUAAAAAAAGUUUACAUUUCCACUACAAGAACAUUGCUAAAAACUUGCUUGAAUGUUAAAAAAAAAGAUCAAAUUUCGUUUUAGUUUACAGACUUUGACUGUUUAGGUAAUGCAGCUAAAUUUGACAAACAGAAAAACUGUUUCUUAAUUGUCAUGUGACUUUGUUUACGACGCCAUAUUGGCUGGGCAGCUUUAGCGGGUAAACUGUUCAAGUUGUUUAGAAAUUGAAGUGAUCUAACAGUAUUUUAAGAUAUUGAAUACCUAAUCCGGUCCAAUGCAUCAAUAAUUUAUACAUAAAGUAAUGCUACAUAGCAGAUUACAAUUUACAUUUCUGUUUCUAAUUUUGUGUUGAUUUAUUGGUAUCUUAGCACCUGCUAAAAGGUCAGUAGCAAUGAAUUUGAUGGUCAACAGGUCCACAAAACUCUAAACUACUGUCUUCCACCAAUUUCUAGGCAGCAGGUAUCCUAACGUAGUCUAUAAUUUUCCAUUAAUUGAACAUCCAGCAGAAUAACAAAAUGGAAUGAACCAUAUCAGAGCUCCAUUCCAGCCAGUAUGGCAGCCUGUGAUGUCACAUGCACACUCUAUGCUAGCUAGAAGCUUCCUAUAGCUAAAGAUUGUGAAAUGCUAGCUAGCAACAAGACGAUUUUUGGCAUUUAAUUCAAAUAUUCAUGCUUAUUGCUAGAAUACCGUUCCAUUAAAAGUGUUCUAAUAAAGCUACAAGUCAGCUUAGUAAUGGUAUGGAACAUUAUAGCUUAUUGCUACAUGCUAAGCUAACUCCAAAAAUGUUGCCAUUUCUCAUUUGGUUCAAGAGCAAUUUUCCCUGAAUUCUACGUGUGUUUAACAAAAUUUGACUUUAAAUCAGCACUAUAAAUGUUAUGUGGUUUCAAGCUCUACAGUACAAAACAAUCAGCACCUGUACCCUGGACUAAAGAAGCACUCGACUCAUUAAUUCCACCCAUAACCCCGGUUCAAACUUCCAUUCAUCAUACAAAACCGGAGCUUAACCUCGUCACGGUUCAACCACUCAUUCAAAAGAUUUAUUAAAAUAUAAAGCUAUAAUUAAAGUAAAAGAUAUUGUAUGUUUUCUAUUGUAGAAAAUACUUUUGUAAGUAUGUUGAAAGUAUAAAGUAUUUGGUAGAUUCUGCUUCCUUUGACGACAGUGAAAAAACAAUAAUGUACAGAAGAAGUUGUGUUGACAAAAUGUGGCUGUGCAAUUUAUGUACAUUUGCAACUAGACCUAUUAAAGUUUUAUUUAGCUAUUUUAAAACCUG